CGGCUUUGGCUCUGAAGCACCCCGAGCGGUUUCUUGAGCCAGUGAACUCUCGAAAGCCCCGUCGUCGUGAAUCGGCCCGGUCACCAAGACACACAGGUUCCCGGCACCGGUGCCCGAGGAUGUACGCUGUGGGUCGUAACUCAGGCAAGGCUAUAACUCUCUGACUUCUUCUAAUCAACUUGCCUGGUACACUCACCUAUCACUUUACUCAUCACUCUAUCUGCCACUCUAUCUUUCCUACCACAUCCACGCCACAAUGACGCAAACCACCCCAACCACCACCCCCUCCUCCCCACCAUCAUCACCAAAAGACCCCUUCCGCCUCGACGGCAAAGUAGCCCUAGUAACCGGCUCCGGCCGCGGCAUAGGCGCAGGAAUAGCCCUCGCCCUCGCCCACCGCGGCGCAAAGCUCAUCAUCAACUACGCGCACUCAUCCGCGCCAGCCGAAGCCCUCGUCUCCGAAAUCAAAGCCCUCGGCCCCGGCUCCGACGCCAUCGCCAUCAAAGCCGACGUCUCUGACGUGGACCAAAUCACGGCGCUCAUGUCCCAGGCCGUCGCCCAUUUUGGCAAGCUCGACAUCGUCGCCUCCAACAGCGGUGUUGUGUCCUUUGGUCAUUUGAAGGAUGUCACCCCUGAGGAGUUUGACAGGGUUUUUGGCGUGAACACGAGAGGGCAGUUUUUUGUUGCGAGGGAGGCGUAUAGACAUUUGGAGGUGGGGGGACGGAUUAUACUGACUAGCUCGAAUACGGCGAGUGUGAAGGGAGUGCCGAGACAUGCUGUUUAUAGUGGUUCUAAGGGGGCGGUGGAGACUUUUGUGAGGUGUUUGGCCAUCGACUGCGGAGACAAAAAGAUCACCGUCAAUGCUGUCGCGCCUGGGGCGAUCAAGACGGACAUGUAUGCUGCUGUGGCUCGCGAGUACAUCCCUGGUGGGGAGAACUUUACCGACGAGCAGGUUGAUGAGUGUGCAGCUUGGCUGUCGCCCCUUCAGCGGGUGGGACUGCCUGACGAUGUUGCCCGCGCGGUGUGCUUUCUAGCCUCGGACGCUGCUGAAUGGGUCAAUGGCAAGAUCAUCGGCAUUGAUGGUGGUGCGUUUAGGUAACCGAGUCGAUUGUUGGUCGGGGAUUCAGAGACUAGUAAGGGUGCUGCGCGCAUUUCGGUCACCGAAGGGUGGUAUGAUCCCCGAGUAGCAGGAUCACACCAAGCUUGAACACCAUUCGUGCCCGCAUUUUAAAUGUGUUCU